AAUUUUUUUCACCUAAAGAGGAAGGCAUUUUACCUGAACAGGAAGGCAUUUCACUGUAAUCGGAAGGUGGAGAAACCUUUUUCCCUCCUCCUUUUUUAUUGGCGGAGGCGGAGAAGUGGAAACUACAGUGUUGCAGGCGCUGACCCGCUCGUUGUAAUGUCAGCAAACAAUUUAUCAGAAGCAGCGACAUUACUUCAGAGUUUGUUAGGAUCUACGCAGACUCUGGCAAAUGCGUCUACAGACGGCCAGCAGCCGACUACUUCGGUCGGAUCCGUUGACAACCGCUUAGCAAUGCUUUUCCCGUCACAUCAGGCUGGUAGCGGCUCCGGUGCUACCAGGGGAUCUCCGCCUCUACCGUUAGGUGCUAAUAUGCCUGGAUGUACGCCACGCUAUCAAGCACAGAAGCACUUUAGUUCGUGGACGACCUGCUCAAGAAAAAAAAGAAUGAAGACACAGCAACAUGGCAAUUUCCACAAUGACGUGAUACUACUCCCCAAUCCAUCAUGGGGAAUUGUGUGCAAGCAAGGUCCGAAAUUACGUUUACACAAGCAUGGGCACAUCCUCAGUGCCUUUGAAUUCCAGAAGGCCUGGGACUAUCAGACAAUUGUACAACACAUCAGGGAUGGCUUUGGUGGGCGCAUUCCAGAAGAUGUCAGCAUCCAGUUUUUAAUGUCUUGUGGCAAUAAGCUGGUGACCCCAAAACUCCAGGAGGGACAAGAGCUGAAUGGGAUAAUGUUCCAUAAGGUUUAUAAAUCCAAAGCCCUCUAUGUGAGACCAUCAACGACCCUUUUAACUGACAUGGAUGAUGAAAAUGAACUUUCCCACGCCACUACCAGAGCAAUGUCAGGUGACAGCGAUGAAGACUGUGUUGAAUUAGUUGGUCCACAAAUCCCCAUGGGCAGAAGUGGGCAGGCUACCACAAGGUCUGCUGCAAAGUUUGGCUGUCAUAGUGGUCACAGUGGAGAUGGCAACCAUCGCACUAAAACUGCUAAUGAAGACUGCAGUGGUGCCAAUAACAUUACCACCAGUACUAUCAAAAACUGCAAAGUAAUAACUCCUGGCACGAGUGGACAUGAUGCAGAAGAUAAUGCAAGAAGUGAUGGCAACUCUGCUCCUGGUUGUGAUGAAGACUACAUCUCAUAUGUAACAGUUGUAGCUAGUCUUUCUGAUGAAUCUUCUGAUGACGAGGAACUAAACAAAGCGAUAACAGCUAGUUUGGAGAGUCAUCUUACAGAAAAGGUGCCAGUUGAUGUGAUACUGCAGGAGUUGUCAAGGAAAAUUUGCACACAACGGCAGUGCAAAUUCAAUAUAAACCGUGCUGCUAUCUGGGAUGGGGCAAAGCGAGGCUUCCAAAGGGUAUCCUAUGACCCCACCUACAGAAUGUGUGUAAAAUUUUCAGAUGACAUGGGGAGAAUUGAGGAAGGGGUGGAUUUGGGGGGCCCAAGGAGAGAGUUUUUGAGGCUGCUGAUGGAGACUAUUGCCAUGUCCUCCUAGUUUGAGGGAAAAGAAAACAGGAAGAACCUGGCUCUGGACAGUACUGCUCUAAGAGAGGACUGGUACUACAUAGCUGGCAGAGCCAUUGCAGUUAGCUUAGUACAUGGCGGUCCACCUCCAAAUUUCCUCUCCCCAACAGUAUUUUCUCUUUUGGUUGAUGGCUCAGCCAAUCCAGUCCGAGAAGAUAUUGCUGACACAGAACUUUUGGAAAAAGUUAAAAAGGUAUCUGAAAGUACAACUCUUGAAGACCUUGAGAAGUCAAAGGCUCCUCUACUUGACUAUUUGGCCAAUGCAGGAUGCCUGAGGCCUAUGCGGUCAGUAGGAGACAGGGAUCUACUGGUGCAUGACAUUGUCAUGUUUCAGGUUAUCUACAGGGUGCAGUGUCCAUUUCAAAGAUUCUGUGAGGGACUAAAAACUCUUGGGGUCCUGGAGAAAAUCCAAAGACAUCCUGAUAGCUUUCGUCCUUUGUUCUGCUUUGAGCCAAGCCCACUGACUGCUGACCUGAUGGAUGAUUUGUUCAGCAUUCAUCUGUCUCCUGAAGGAAGCAACAAGAGAGUUGCUGAGGAGAUGGUUGUUACAUUCUGGAGAGACUAUCUCCAGGAUGCAGAGGAGGAGGAAGGGCCCUCCAAACUACAGAAAAUAUUGGCCUUCGCAACUGGAGCAUCUGUUGUACCACCCAUUGGCUUUUCACCAAGCCCUUCCAUCCAGUUCAUUCACAAAGGAGAUGACGACUUCUCCUGUACACCAAUGUUCCCCAUGGCCAACACGUGUGUUAACUGUAUCAAGUUACCACUACACGUGUCAUACCUGCUGUUCAAGGAGAAGUUUGACUUCGCACUCGGCAACACAUAUGGGUUUGGCAGGGCAUGAACACAUCAUACUCUAUUUUACCUUUCUUUCUCUGCUUGUCUAGGUCUGUCUUAAAAAACUAAAGGGCCACUGUUAGUUGCAUUUGAAUGCCCACCUUGCUGGUUCCAGUCAGAGGGUGCAGACCUAUUUUUCCACCCCCCAAAGGGAAGGCAAGGGGUAGGUUAUUGUUUUUGGUUCAGUUUGUUUGUUAACACUUUAGCAGCAAAACUAUUGGUUGAAUUCAUUCCAAAUUGGGUUUAUAGAUUGCCAG